GGUCAUGUGAUCAGGGGCGGGGCUAGCUCCCGGAAGUGAGAGUGAUGCUGAUGCUGGAAGAAUAAACAUGGCGCUCCGUGGUGACGGUUGCCUGGUGCGGUUUGUCUGCAGUGUGCUUCUGGCUGUGCAGCUAUGUACGGCCCGGGUCCACCAGCUCACGCUGAAAGAUGACAUACGACAGAAAGUGCAUCUCAACACAUUUGGGUUCUUCACAAAUGGCUCAAUGAAUGUGACCAUUAAAAGUUUAUUUGUUAAAGACCUUGAAGACCUCUCUGAUGUUGGCAAGUUGAGGUUUGGAUUCAGCUUGGACAGGACGAAGAAUGAUGGUUUCUCUACUUACUUGGAUCAAGAAUUACAUGAAUGUGUCCUGAACAAUCAUCCGAAGGAUGUUGACCUGAUAGAGCUUGACUUCUCUGGAAAAAAAGUUUGUCUCACAAAGAACACAAUUGUCCUAUUACCACAAAUUGUGUUUGCAAUUCCCGAGGAGACGGAAAAAGGUGCUACUGUUGAAAGCGCUUCUGAGAAAACGAAGUCCAAAGCGCCGGCGGUAAAGCGAGAACGCAGAGACAAAGAGGUGAAUCCGGAGCCAAUAGCAAAGUCUGACGGGAAGCCGCCUGAGAAGGAUGACGGAAAGCCGCCGGCCAAGGAUGACGUGAAGCCGCCGGCCAAGGAUGACGUGAAGCCGCCGGCCAAGGAUGACGUGAAGCCGCCGGCCAAGGAUGACGUGAAGCCGCCGGCCAAGGAUGACGUGAAGCCGCCGGCCAAGGAUGACGGGAAGCCGCCGGCCAAGGAUGACGGGAAUCAAGUGGUGGAUGUAAAGGCCGAGGGGAAACCUAAAAAGUCGGAUCAAGAGUGCCAUCCAAUGCGAGUUGAUAAGGGUGUUGCAUCCUUUCAGUUUUUAUUUAAUGUGAGCUCGACAGACCUGGAGGGACUGUACAGCUUAUACUUCCACAGCUGUGCUAGAGACAGCAAAGAGCAAAGUCCAUUCAGCCUGGAUAUUCAUAUCAUAGAGAGGAACCUUGAUAAUUACCUUUCAGCAGAUGAAAUCCCCCUGCCCAAGCUGUACAUCUCAAUGGCGUUUUUCUUCUUCAUCUCUGGUUUCGUCUGGGUCCACAUCCUCCGGAAGCGCAGGAGCGACAUAUUUAAGAUCCACUGGUUGAUGGCCGCACUGCCCUUCACAAAGUCACUAUCUUUGGUCUUCCAUGCGAUCGAUUAUCAUUAUAUUGCGACUCAGGGGUACCCGAUUGAGGGAUGGGCUGUGGUCUAUUACAUUACUCACUUGCUGAAAGGAGCUCUGCUGUUCAUCACCAUUGCUCUCAUAGGAACAGGCUGGGCGUUCGUGAAGCACAUCCUCUCGGACAAGGAUAAAAAGAUCUUCAUGAUCGUCAUUCCCCUGCAGGUGCUGGCCAACGCUGCAUACAUCAUCAUAGAAUCCACAGAGCAGGGCAUGUCAGAGUACGGGCUGUGGAAGGAGAUCCUGUUCCUGGUAGACCUGCUCUGUUGCGGGGCAAUCCUGCUGCCUGUUAUAUGGUCUAUCCGGCAUCUGCAGGAGGCAUCCGCAACAGAUGGAAAAGCUGCGAUCAACUUGGCGAAACUCAAGCUCUUCAGACACUUCUACGUUAUGAUCAUCUGCUUCAUUUACUUCACCCGGAUCAUUUCAAUCCUCGUCAAAGUUGCUGUUCCAUUCAAAUGGAAAUGGAUGUACCAGCUUCUGGAUGAGCUUGCCACAUUUAUCUUCUUUGUGCUUACUGGGUACAAGUUCCGGCCUGCAUCGGACAACCCAUACCUUCAGCUCCCGCAUGAUGAUGACAUGGAUGACCUGGAAAUGGAGGCAGUAGUAACGACCACGGGAGCUACAGAGGGUGUAAAGAAAAUGAAAAAGGUGGUCAAUGGGUCUUCGGAAUGGCAGAACUCUGCGUGAAUGGACAAACGGACCGAUUUGGCUUUUUAAUUUAUUAUCUCUUCCUAUAUUACAUGCAAACUAAGCGGGACAGAGUUACACUCCACCUCCUUCCUUAUCACGUGCAGCAUCUCCCUCACAGAGACAUGAAAUAAGCCUAUCAACCAGUACCGGUCAAAGGCAUGUCCAAGGACAGCCCACAAUGUGCUGUAAUCUCCAGUUACUCAGAUUCAUCCUGCAAGGUAACACCAACUUCCGGUGUGGACACCUGUGUAUGGGGAUAAAAAAAAAAAAACAACUUAUAUGAUCUACAAAAUUUCUUGUAUUUGAAAGCAGGACUAAAGUAAUUGAGGGACUAUGUCUUUGAGAAAUAAUAUCUGAAUCAGGUUUGUACCUUUUUUUUUUUUUUUUUUUUUGUCGUCUUUUUUUUCUUUAUGCAUAGGCCAGCAAGUGUGUGGCGUAAAUUAAUUUACUUGAGUCCAUGGUGAUUGUGCAGUUGUAGCCAUGUAGCAAGCCACCGAGAAAUGCUAUUUAAAGUUAGACACACUCUCCCACCCCCGUCCUCCUUAUCAUUUUUUUUUUUUUUUUUUUUAAUCUUGUGAUUUUUUUUUUCUUUUGAUAACUGCAGCAUAUCUAUACCUAACCAGCUAGGAACAUUAAAAGAAAAAGAAAAAAAGUGUAAAUAUUUUUUUUUUUUUUUUUAUAAGAAAAGUUAUUAUGGCGUUUAUAGAAUAUAUUAUACAUAUAUAUUGGAAAUUGAUUCUAAGUACCUUACUAAGCACGUGGAUGUCGGUGGCACAUCAACUGGUUCAUGCCAUAGCAGAGAUGUGGGGGGAUCCUCUAAUUGUUUGUUCUAUAUUUGUUUAACUACUUGUAGCCUACGUCCCAAUCAGCAUAGUUCUAAUUAAUCAGAUGACCCUCUAAGGCAGGCCUGGCCAACCUUGAUAAGCUGUUGUGAAACUACAAGUCCCAGCAUGGCCUGCCACAGAUUUGCUAUUAGGGAGUACUAAAGCUGUGGCAGGGCAUGCUGGGAUGUGUAGAUUCACAACAGCUGGAGAGCCACAGGUUGGCCUGUCCUGCUCUUAGUGAAAUGUUACUGAACAGAAUCCCAGUAUUACAGAUUUGCUGUAGUUUAGAAUCCAAAUAUAUUUGAUUAGAGAACAGUCUGUGCCCAGGCCAUGAUCCUUAUAGUGAAGGGGGGGAGGGGAACAGGAGAGCAAGUUUUGAGUGCCCCGACACCUUGCUCCUUCACCGGCUGCCUGAGGUCUGUAUCCCAGUGUGUUCCGUGGCUGCAUGGCUCUGGAGUUACUGUGUGUGUGUGUUAGUAUUUCAUUUUGGGUUAGUCAUGAAUCAGAAAAGAAUGUUUUAAUUUUUUCGGGUGUGGUAACGGCUAUACAACCUCUUAUCGCUCAGGAAGCCACAUUAAUAUUCAUGAGUUAGUUUCAAGGCUUUGGGCAUGUGAAUAGAGAAAGCAAAUGUUUGCCCCCUGCACUGCUGAUGUAAAGCAGCCCGUUACUUAAAUAGUUAUUUAAAUUGCAAAGUUAAAGGCAGAUGUCUAUUUUCAGAGGUCACAGUCAGGGUCAGUGCUUCCAACCCCCCACCCCCCAAAAAAAAACCACACAUACUCCACCACUACUCCAUUGUUUCCUAAUCAACUUAUCCAAGAUAUUAAAGUUCUGCGUCAGCUGCUGCAGAACCUCCUGAGAAGAAAGGCUGUCAGUUAUCCAGGUACAAGCAAGAUGGCUUCUAGUGGCUUUCCUGCCAGUGUUGGCUCCAAAGCAGUCACUGAACCAAAUCUUUCAGGUCUCUGUAGACGCAGGGCUGGUGGAGGGAGAAAGCACAAAUCACCUGUACAGCUUGUUUUUGUUUUGUUUUUUUCUUUGCGAACAACACAGUUUUGUGAUUGAUCUCUAAACUGGCCUGUGACAUUUGUCAGUCCUGAAUGGCUUUUAAGUAGCCGGUUUAUAAGGCACUGCUGAAGUAUGAAUAGGUUUUAAUGGACACAACGGUUUCUUUUGUGAAUAAAAAAAAAAUGUUGCUUUAUUA